GUUGAGCAGGCUGGAGCCAGGAGAGAGACAGAGAUGACAUCAACAGUGUUGGUGGACAUACAGGAGGAGGUGACCUGCCCCAUCUGCCUGGAGCUCCUGACAGAACCUCUGAGCAUAGACUGUGGCCACAGCUUUUGCCAAGCCUGCAUCACUGCAAACCACGAGGGAUCAGGGACUGGCCAAGAAGGGAUGAGCAGCUGCCCUGUGUGCCAGACCAGCUACCAGCCCACGAACCUCCGCCCUAAUCGGCAUCUGGCCAACAUAGCUGAGAGACUCAGAGAGGUGGUGCUGGGCUCAGGAAAGCAACCCAUGGUGACUCUCUGUGCAAACCAUGGAGAAAAACUCCAGCUGUUCUGUAAAGAGGAUGGGAAGGUUAUUUGCUGGCUUUGUGAGCGGUCUCAAGAGCACCGUGGUCACCAAACAUUCCUCAUGGAGGAGGUUGCCCAGGAAUAUCAGGAGAAGUUUCAGGAGUCUCUGAAGAAGCUGAGGCAAGAACAGCAGGAAGCAGAGAAACUAAAUGCUAUUAUCAGAGAAAAGAGAGCAUCGUGGAAGAAUCAGCUCGGACCUGAGAAACUCAGGAUUCAGACAGAGUUUAAGAAACUGAGAAGCAUUCUGGACAGAGAGGAGCAGCGGCAGCUGAAAAAGUUGGAGGAUGAAGAGAGAAAGGGACUGAGCAUUAUAGAAAAGGCUGAGCAGGAUCUAGUUCUGCAGAGCAAGUCCCUGGAGCAGCUGGUCUCUGAUUUGGAGCGUCGGUGUCAGGGGUCCACAAUGGAACUGCUGCAGGAUUUGAGUGAUGUCACAAAAAGGAGUGAGUUGUGGACCCUGAAGAAACCAGAAACUCUCCCCACGAAGCUGAAGAGUGGAUUUCGAGCGCCGGAUCUGAAAAAGGUUUUGCGAGUGUUUAGAGAGUUGACAGAUGUCCAGAGCUACUGGGCAGUUAUGGGUAGUUUGGGGAAGAGAGAAAGACGAGCCCCCAAAGUCAGGGUAACUAUGAGCAAAGGAGCAGCAGCAGUAGCGAUGGCUGUAGAAAUCCUGAGAAAUGUACAGGAAGAGGUAACCUGCCCCAUUUGCCUUGAACUCCUGAGAGAACCAUUGAGCCUGGACUGUGGCCACAGCUUCUGCCAAGCUUGCAUCACUGCAAACAGCCAGGAGUCGAGUCAAGCAGGGAAGAACAACUGUCCUAUAUGCAGAAUCGUUUAUGAUCCUGGGAACAUGAGACCUAAUCGGCAUCUGAACAAUCUAGUAGAGAGGCUCCGAGGGGUCAAUUUAAGCCUAGAGGAGGAAGAGAAGCAAGAUCUCUGUGCGCACCACGGAGAGAAGUUGCUGCUGUUCUGUAAGGAGGACUGGAUGCUCAUUUGCUGGCUGUGUGAACGCUCUCAGGAGCACCGUGGUCACCACACCCUCCUCCUUGAGGAGGCAGCCAAGGAAUGCAAGGAAAAGCUCCAGGCAUCUCUGGAGCAACUGAGAAAGAAGCAGCAGAAAGCGGAACGAUUUGAAACUGCUCUCAGAGAACACAGAACUUCUUGGCAGAAUCAAAUAGAAAAUGAGAUUCAAAGUGUCCAGAAAGCAUUUAAAGAAGUAAGAAGUAUCAUGGAUUUGAAGGAACAAAAGGAGCUGAAAAGGCUGAGGGAAGAAGAGAAAAAAAUUCUCCAUGAGCUGGCAAAGUCUGAGAAGGAGCUGGUUCAACAGAGAGAUUUUACAAGAGGUCUCAUCGCGGAUCUGGAGCAAAAAGUACAAGCAUCAACGAAGGAGAUGCUGCACAAUGUGAAUGAUCUCCUCAAAAGGAGUGAGAACUUGACUCUGACAAAGCCAAAAACUUUUCACUGGAAAAAUCGCAAAGUAUUUAGAGCUGCUGAUCUGAGUGGGAUACUGAAAGCAUUUGAUGGUAAGAAACAAGUGAGAUGUGUCGCCAAUGGGAGUUCACAGCUGGGAUUUGCAAGAGGUGGUCGUGUUCUGGGCUCUGAAGUUAUCAAAUCAAGAAAGUGUUACUGGGAGGUAGAUGUGUCAGACAAACGUGAAUGGAUGAUGGGGGCAUUUCAAGUGUGUGCAGCCCCCCACCCUGUACCUAUUAAAAAGCACCCUAUGUAUGAACUUCAGUUUGGCUACUGGCUUAUGGGUCACAGAAUCAUUGUGAGUAUAGUUUUUGUGGAUACUUUUGACUCUAAUUCUGGGGCCUUGACUCUUUCCAUGACUGUUCCUCCCUGUUGUAUUGCGGUUUUUGUUGACUAUGAGGCACACACAGUCUUGUUUUACAAUGUCACAAACCAUGGGUUUCUCAUCUAUAAAUUCUCUUUGUGUUUCUUUACUAACAAAAUAUUCCCAUAUUUUAAUUUUGUGAACUGUUCUGGCCCAGUAACUUUGUGCUCACCAACUUCUUGA